AUGCCUCUGGACGUGUGGUUCGAGGUCAACAGAGGAUAUUCGCAAAGUCUUGAUGAGACUAGGAAGAAUCUGCUGGUCAUAAUUAUCCGUGACUACACCACCGCUUCUUCUCGAUAUCCCUGUACCAAAGUUCUUCCUGGACUAGCCGACUUCUAUACCUUCCAGUCCAUCAAAGAGAUUCUUGAACGCCCUGCGGAUGUGAUGGUUGAUGCCGACACUUUUUCUUCCCUCUUCUCCGAGCUCCCAGAUUUAUGCGAUGAAUGGAGAUUAUCUCUAGAUGACCAAUUAUUAGCGCGUUUUUCAGAUCUGGAGCAUUGUCUCAGCAUGAGUACGAACGCCUUGAACAUCAUGGAUGUCACAUGGGACCGUAGGACCACUUUGCAAGAAAUACUUGAUACAUACACACUCGGAGCAGCCACCUACUACACCUUCACUCCGGACUCGAUUUCUUAGGCGUUUACAUAGACCCUAGUGCCUGAACACCACCAGCGUGCUUGAGAGAGGCCGUUAUAACACCCCUGACGUGAUCAACUCCACAAAACACCUUAGUCUCGCUGCUCAGAGUGUCCUCUUCUGCAGUACAUGCAACACUCCGCAGUUUUACUCUCAGGUACUCGCUCAUCGCUGUCUUACCGAGGUCAGCAUUCAGAAGAAUAAAAAGACAAUUCUUCUAAAUUGGACCCUACAAUAUCCUUUUUCCAUAUAUCCGGAGCGGUUUCGCAAGCCAUGGAGUGUGUCGGGUUUGCUGCUAGAUGAGCAGUUGACGAAGAUAGUGAAG